AUGGACGUCUAUUAGGAGCUACGAGCAUUUCCAAGUACUGUUAAAUCAACACUGUUUCGCGUGUUUUUUAAUGUCUUAUAUUUAGCGAUGAUAGAAUAAUGAUAGAAGUAGAAUAGUCAACCAUCUCUAGCUGCAUAAUUAUGUUGACGCGUCGAGAUUAACUUGUUAUGCACAGUCUGGACAUCAGCUGUGCAUUCUGAGUAUCGUGCAGAAGGGGUUCGAUGAGUUGGUCAGCAUGCGGGUGUUGCUUUUGAAGGAGCCCAGAGAUGGGGAGGCUGGACCUGAUCCGUAUAUCCAGGAGUUGGCAGCCCGUGGGCAUGAAGCAACCAUGAUCCCAGUUCUGUCCUUUAAGUUUGUCUCGUUAAACAACUUGUCGGACAAGCUGUUCCAACCAGACAAACAUGGGGGUCUUAUCUUCACCAGCCCCCGAGCAGUCGAGGCCGUGAAGAUGUGCGUAGAAGCGGAAGGACGGGGAGAAGAAUGGCGUUUGAUAAAGGACAAGUGGAAUGCUAAGUCUGUAUAUGUGGUUGGCAAAGCAACAGGUGAUUUGGUCCGACAGCUGGGUCUGAAACCUCUGGGAGAGGACAGCGGCACUGCGGACGUCCUGUCCCGUCUCAUCAUCCAACGAGAGAACGCAUUCCUUUUACCACUCUUCUUCCCCUGCGGCUCCAUCAAGAGAGAGGUGCUGCCCACGGCGUUAAGAGACAACGGAGUGCCUCUGGAGACGCUGACUGUCUAUCAAACCGCGGAGCAUCCAGACCUCCAAGAGAGUCUCACCAGCUACUUCACUCAGAAGGGAACUCCAGCCAGCAUUGCCUUUUUCAGUCCAUCGGGAGUGAAGUUCUGCCUGGAAACCGUGCGAGAGCUAUCCAGUGAACGUCUGACCCGGAUCAAGUUUGCAGCCAUUGGACCGACCACAGCGGACGCCAUGACGGCGGAGGGCCUCUGCGUUAGCUGUUCUGCCGACAAGCCGAGUGCUACCGGGCUAGCCGCAGCGAUAGCUAAGGUGCUACUGUGACGUCAACACCCCUCAGUCCAUUCAACAUGCACAUACUUUCCCUCGUCGCCUGUGAGUUCUUUUACCCAUGUUGCAGGGGACCUAAUCAAAUGCUGUUCAGUGUAUGUUUGCGAUUCAAUAGGAGCUAUUUAUAAUAGGGUAGUCGAUCAUGAAUGUAUUGUUAUAUUUAUGCAUAGAUAUUUAAGCGUUUCGCAAAAAAUAAAUGUGAUUCAAAAGCUGCCACUGUUUUUGUAUUGAUUCAGUUUUCAAAGUAAUUAUUUUCAAAUAAGAACCUGAAGAAGCAGAUCCUCUUUGAUAUUUAAUGUCUCAUCUAAUAUAUACUAGUAUGGUUGUCAAGAUAAACCGAUCACGCAGCACCUUUUUGGCACUAAAUAAACAUCAUGACAUGAGCAUGAUUUCACCACAGUGUGUGUAAGUUUUCAAU